AUGGGAGGAUCAGUGCCCUGUCCAAACCCAAAGCAAGCAGAGGCCAGCAUUCUGAAUGGGAAAGUGUACCUGAUCGUCUUAUCUUGGUUUGUACUGCUGCUCGCGAAUAAAGGGUUUUGCCAGAGAGUGGACUGUCGCUGGGGUCCGUACACCGCAUGGACUUCAUGUGAUGGAUGUUCCAGAAUACAGACCAGGACUCGAUCAGUCGCUGUCCAGGCCCAGAAUGGAGGAAAUCCAUGCUUUGGGCAAAACUAUGAAACCCAGCCAUGUUCAGGAACCACAUCCAUAUCUUUUCUACUGAGAUGCUGGAACCAAAGAGUGGACUGUCUGUGGGGUCCGUUUGGAGAGUGGUCCGAGUGUGACGGCUGCACUGGAACUCAGACUCGCUCUCGGCCCAUUGCAGUGUACGCACAGUUUGGAGGAGUGGGCUGCGUUGGCGAGCGUACACAGAGCCGCCCUUGCCAGACCUCUAAAUCCUGCCCCCUGGAACACGGCUGCGGAGACAGGUUCCGCUGCAGAUCAGGUAUGUGCAUCCCCAGGUCUCUGAUGUGCAAUGGGGACCAGGACUGUGAGGAGGACAAUGAGGACGAGCGAUCUUGUGAAAGAAAACAGCACUUUGUUUGUUCACUGCAGAGGCCUCCCCCAAACAUCGAGCUCUUGGGUGAAGGCAUCGACUUGGCCACGGGAAAGAGCAGAGGAAUGGUCAUCAACACCAAGAGCUUCGGAGGCCAGUGUCGCAAAAUGCACAACAAUGCUUACAGACUGCCACAGAGUCUCCUCAAGUACACGUUUGUGACAAAAGUCCAGAACGAUUUGAGCGAUGAGAUGUUUGAAAGUGAAUGGCACUAUAAAAAAGACAUCGUGAAGAGGGAAACAGUCAAAGGUACAACAUCCGGAUACAGAAAUUAUGACUACCACGAGACUGACGAUCGAUUUCGGAAAUUCCGUCUUUUGGUUUUGAAGAACGAUAUCGAACUGUCUAGUUUCCAGGCCACAUCUCCACAGUUUAUCCCAAUCGCUGAGGAGUUCUGGAAAGCGCUCUCAAAGCUGCCCACAGUCUACAACUACGCAGCGUACAAGCAGCUCCUGAGCAGGUUCGGGACUCACUACCUGUCGGAGGGGUCCAUGGGGGGCUCCCUCAGUGUCAUUGUGCGUCUGGAUUCAAACGCACAAACACAUAGAAUCACAGAUAUAGAGCAACAUGACGAGUGCACCAGAACAAAACGAUACAUUUUGUUUUUUCCCAUUACCCGUGAGACCUGUGACCGCGGGUACAAAGACCUUUCCAGAGAUCCCAGUGUGUUCAAUGAUACCGAUUUUGUGGGAAAGGUAACACCAAUAGGGGGCAGUGUUUCUCUGAUCACGCAGCUGGAGAACAUGAAGAUCGGUAAAGCUGAGGACAACUGGGGGCUCUACACAGACUGGGCUGCUUCUGUCAAGUCUUUGCCCAGAGUUAUCAAGUCAAAGCUGAGGCCUCUUUGGGAGCUGGUGAAGGAGGUCCAAUGCGCCGGAGUGAAGAAAGUGUACCUUCGAAGAGCCAUUGAGCAGUAUCUCUCAGAGUCCCACCCCUGCAACUGCCUGCCCUGCCCCAGGAACGGCAUGGCAGUCAUGGACAACGAUGCGUGCCAGUGUAUCCCCAAACCUGGAGCUAUGGCUGAAGACCCCAAUCGCUUGGAGGUGGAUGGCAGCUGGUCGUGCUGGGCCUCCUGGUCCUCCUGCCAUGAACGACGUAAAACCAGAACUCGUUUGUGUAACAAUCCAGCCCCAAGAAAUGGAGGACAACACUGCAACGGAAAAGAGACAGAGACGGGAGACUGCGACGAGGAUGAUUUGAACUACUACAGGGACUUUGAACCCGAGUGCUUUGACUUCUCUUUCGCGCCCAAACCAAAGUGUGGGCCUCCUCCAGCUUUGAUAAACGGUUAUGUGCUGAACCCCAAAGACACGUACCUGGUUGGGGACCGGGUGCAGUACAGAUGCAUCGCAGGCUUCCAUCUCUCUGGUCCGUCUACCUUUGAAUGCACCGCGGCUCAGAGCUGGUCCGACUCGCCUCAAGUCUGCCAGUUGUCAAACUGCAUGAUGCCAGAUCUAGCGGCUGGCGUCACGGUGUCUCCGGAUAACUCCAGCUACAACAUCGGGGAGACUGUGACCUUGUCCUGUCCGGAGGGAGAGCGGCUGAAAGGGGAGAGAACGGCCAUUUGUGACCCCAGCCUCAAUUUCUCCCCAGACCCCACACAAGUCAGCUGCCAAAAAGUUGAGACCGUGGUGGAGCGUGGAUCUGAGUCUUCUUCAGUGCAGUGUAAAGAGUGGGAGAAGGAAAUCAGGGGCAAGUGUGUGUGCAAGCUGCCCAACGAGUGCGGGCCGUCUCUGGAGCUGUGUGUGUCGCACCCGGUCCUCGGUCACAUGGUCCUCAGUGUGUGUAAGGUGCAAGCUCUGACGUGUAUGAAGAAGGAACAGGCUUUGGCAGAGAACAGUCUCUGCACGUGGCCCGACCGCUCGGCCGAGUCGGGCUGCUCCAAGUGCCGCCCGUGGGAGACCUGCGACGCUCAAACCAGCUCGUGUCGCUGCAUGGACUCUGCAGAGUGUGCGUCCCCAGGCCCGAGUGUGUGUGUGCGUCUGGGAGCAGACCCUUCCAGCCGGACCCUGAGCGAGUGUGAGGCCGGUCUGCGCAGGUGUAAAGGAGAGGAGGUCACUGUGGUGGACCUACAGCCCUGUCCCGACUGA